GUUUGUACUGACCUUCAGAGACUUGAGCCUGGUACAAUGGCGCCUACCAGGAAGUUCUUCGUUGGGGGCAACUGGAAGAUGAACGGGAGGAAGAAGUGCCUGGGAGAACUCAUCUGCACCCUGAACGCAGCCAACGUGCCGGCAGGCACCGAGGUGGUUUGUGCACCGCCCACCGCUUACAUCGACUUUGCCAGACAGAAGCUGGAUCCCAAAAUUGCUGUGGCCGCACAGAACUGCUACAAAGUGACCAAUGGGGCCUUCACUGGGGAAAUCAGCCCUGGCAUGAUCAAAGACUUAGGAGCCACCUGGGUCGUGCUGGGGCACUCAGAAAGAAGACAUGUCUUUGGAGAAUCAGAUGAGCUGAUUGGCCAGAAAGUGAGCCACGCCCUAGCAGAGGGACUCGGGGUGAUCGCCUGCAUCGGGGAGAAGCUAGACGAAAGGGAAGCCGGCAUCACCGAGAAGGUCGUGUUCGAGCAAACCAAGGUCAUCGCAGAUAAUGUGAAAGACUGGAGCAAGGUGGUCCUGGCCUAUGAACCUGUGUGGGCCAUUGGGACUGGCAAGACGGCAACCCCUCAGCAGGCACAGGAAGUACACGAGAAGCUCCGGGGAUGGCUGAAAUCCAAUGUCAAUGAUGGGGUGGCUCAGAGCACCCGGAUCAUUUAUGGAGGUUCUGUGACUGGAGCAACCUGCAAAGAGCUGGCAAGCCAGCCUGACGUGGACGGCUUCCUUGUGGGUGGCGCAUCUCUCAAGCCUGAAUUUGUGGACAUCAUCAAUGCCAAACAAUGAGCACUGCCCAUCCCUCUACCUGCCUGCAUAGCAUGGACUAGGUUGCCCAGAAGUUUAGUAACUGCUCCCACCGGUCACAUGCUUCUGAUGACAUCAUCUGCCCCAUCUUGUGGCCUAAUCCACGCUGUACCCUCCUGAGCCGUUUCCACCGCCCUAUUAUGGUUGGGACCAGGCCAAUCCCUUUACCACUUACAGUGGGUAGAAUCAACUGUCACCAAGGUGGCUCCUAGUGAGGGGAGGGAGUAGAACUGACUGUCCCUUUGGGCCCUGACAAGUGAAAUCACCUUCCAUUGGUUUGGGCUGGAAACUCAUGGUUGGAGCACAGGAAGUGGGCUUCGUGUCACUUUGGCCUGUCACUUAGAUGGCCUUGGCUCUAGCUUCACUCCCAAGUUCUACUGGAUGUCUGAUGCAGAAAUUCAGAGCUUUCGGGUCUGAAUUCGGUAUACAUGAGACCCUAAGAGGCCUGGGAUAGUCCCCUCCCCCACGGUGCCAAAGCCCCUGUAUUGUGUUUGUGAACCAUCCUACAUGUAAGGGAAAUAAACACCUGGGCCUGAGCUUUGUGGGUUGUCAUAAUUCCUUAAGACAGUGAUGGGGCUCUAGCCUGGGGUGGGGGAGUGUAAAACAAAACAAAAAACAAUAAUGAAACAGGUUGUGACAAUACAUCUCAUUUUUUACUUCAAAAA